AUGUCAACUCAAGUUCGGGACUAUACAUGGAUCAACAUAUCCGAUCAACAAGAUCGUUCACUUCCCGAUGACAUAAAAGUGUCUCUUCCGUUACAAGUAGAACACGAAGACCUGAAACCGAGACAGCGAAACGGCCGAACUCCGACCCGAUCACAAAACGCCUUUUUCGUCUACCGCAUAGCCUAUGCGAAAGAACUGCAAGCGCGCGGGUACUGGGACUGCCCGAUGCGAGACAUUAUAAAACGUGCCUCGAGCGCAUGGAAAACCGAAUCGCCCCGAGUCAAAGAAGCCUGUCAACUCAUGGCCAAAGAAGCUAAAAAGAUGCACGAAAAGUUUUUUCCAUCGCAGCGACGUCGGUGCAAGCAGGUCGGUCAACAAGUCAGUCCAAUAUAUUCGAGACCCAUCGGCAUAAUUUACAACGUCGGCUUGCCAGGAAUGACCGGUUUGGAGAGCGUCUUGAUUACAAAUGCGUCACCGGGCAGACACGACGACUUGCUGUAUUCGCCCUCUAUGGAACCGUCGUUACCGAUCACGUUUAUCGAUUCGCCAGGGUCGCAGGUUUUUACACAGGCAACGACACCGUAUGAGUUUGGUUACUACGAUACUCCACAACACAACCAUGUAUGCAUCUGUGAUUAA